AACUAUGCUAAUAUAAGUUAUGUAGUUUUCUACAGUUUAAGAGAUUUUAUUUUACAAUGGAAAUUAUGCAGUGAUCUUAGUAAUUAUUAAGUUUAGUUUAUUUUAAGUGAUUCAGAAAUUAUUAUUUACUUUGGAUUUUCAAGAUGACUAGUUUCAAUCCACUGUCAACUUUUCGAGAACGUUGCCCGCGUGCGCCUCUAUACCUGAUGGCGUAGAAAAUCGGUGAGAGAUAUCCAUUACAAAUGCUAGUAAACAGUCUAAUGGACGGGGAUACGAUAACAAGGAAAAAAUUGAUUACAUCAAUCAAACAAUUCAACACGGAUGAAGAACAACACGGCACCAUCAAGGCAAUUAUAAAGAAUUUAAUACUACCCGAAGAAAACAUGGCGAUAAAACAGAGACAAAGCUUAAACGAUAAAUGCAUUUACUCAGUACCAAUCAAACCGCUUCUGCCACCAGCGAGUGAAAGGACAAAAAAUAUGAACGACGCAAAAAAAGCCUUUUUAAACGCUACAGUCAAAUCUGAAAGUUUUUCGCCAUCUGAGCCAAAACGAGAACCCAUACUACAUUAUGCUCAAAUAGCUACCAUUAAAGACAGUGACGACAAGAGGAGCACUGGCGGAGGAGAUGAUGCAAAGCUAACAGAGCGGAAAAGUAAAACAAAUACCUUACCCAUGGAUAUGCCGUCGCCCAGAAAAAGAUUGGAACAGCAACUCAGGAAGGUAAGUUUUAAAACGAGAAGCGCAUCUGCGUCUUAUCGACGGCCGCCUCUAGUAACGAAGACUACGAUGACUAUCACCAGCAACAAAGUGUCGGAACUGACGAAGAAGUUUAAUAACAUCAUCCAAGAGGGUAAUAAUGCCCAAACAAAACAGUCAAAACUAGCCAAAACAAUCGAAAACCUGCAAUCGGCGUCGAGACACUCCGCUAGUAAUAGUUCCACGCCCUCAUCUACGCUUAGUUCAAGUCCAAACGUUAAAAUACUUUUAAGACAAAGAAGAAACUCUAGAAAACGUGGAUACAAAAAGAGAUGUUCAAGUGUAAAUUCUAUUGAUAAGCUCAUUGUGACCAAUGGAUCGCCUGUGAAAUUUCGUGUCAUACGUUCCAAAUCUGAUGGGACUAAAAUACCAAAAUCACUAAAAAAACGAUUAAAGUAUCCAGAUUCCAGUGGGCAACAGAGUGGUUCCGACUCUUUAGAUGGGACGCCUACGAAACAAAAAACAAAGGAAUUACCAAAAACAGAAAAUAUUGAAGUACCGACUGAAAAAAACGUGGUAAAGAAUGUAAUACAAAAAUUUGAAUGUGAAAUAAGAUCACAAGCUAACAGCAGUGUAACUAAAAAAUCAACUUACCAAGAAUCUGGUAACAAAGUAGCUAUUAAAGAGAAACCUAAAGUACCUGUAAAGAAAUCGUCAUUAGUUUUAACAAAAAAUAUUGUAUUAAAAGACGGCGUACCUAAAAUAAAAACAAUUAAGCCUUUAACUGUAGAAACAUCCAGAACCAAUAAGCCUUCAGAUAAAGAGGUAGAGACAUCAGACAAGCCUGAGAAAACUACUAAUACGAUGGAUGAAAAUCAAAAAAAGAAGGAGUUUGUAUAUGAUAAGAGAAAGUUCAAAACUAAUUAUAUCCAUUCUGACAAAAUGCCCUUACACCUAGUCGAAAUUAUUCAAGAAGACGCCAAUGAGAACGCUAUCAUGAAUUCAUCAGAUAAUGCUACUAAUGUCUCAUCAAAUAACGUUUCUAUGGAUGAUGAAAAUUCCUACCAGGAAUUAAACACUCAUAUAACACCCAACGAUUCGUUUUUGUGGAGGAGGAAAAGUACACAGAUAUAUUCCGAUCACGAAAAGUCUGGAUCUGAUAGUACAUACGGUUUCGUAUCUGUGAUAAUGAAUGAAAGUACGCUCAGUUGUAGUGAUAGUAACGGAAAUGAUAAGGAGCAAUCUCAAGAAAACGCCGAAUCUCAAGUAACUACUGAAACUGAAUUGAAAAACGUUGACGACGACCACAACUCGGACUUCGAGAGCAAUUUAAUAGAAGCCUGCAAUGACGAGGUGCUGAUAGGAUACACUUCAAGGGUGAAAAACGCGAAAGAUAUAGAAGAUGACUAUGAAUUACUGGAACCGCGUGAGGCUGGAGACGUUGUGGUUAUACCUGUCAAAACUGACAGAAGUUCGAAGAUCAACUGCCCAUUACCAGAAAUACCCAAAGACGACGAACCGGUGUUAAAUAAAGACGAAAAUAUAUACCAGUGCCUUUUAGAAAUGAGAUCACAUCCAGAAGGUGACGAAAGCAGUCUUCAUAACUACGAGCAGUGUGGUGACCAUUUGGAAGAGCGAACCAGAGGCGACGGAGACAGCGAUGACGGAUAUGAAUAUUGUAAGUCGCCAGUCAAACCAUACUGUCACACCUCCAGCUCAGGGAUUCAGAUAGCUGAACAUUACGACCCGUUCACCUGUGAUACUAAUACUUCCAACUACACCAUAACCAAAUCAGUGAGCGGAACAUCCACAGUCAGUUACGAAAAAAUCGGCCCCGAUAGAAUAUACGAGAAAAUACCACCUCGUCCACCUAAAUCCAAAGAAAAUAGCCCGAGUUACAGCAGCAGGCAUUCGAAUGUGUCCUCCGAGUACACCGGGUACAAUGAGACGGAGAACAUCUAUGACACUAUAAAGCAUAGCGAUGGGACGUCUCUCUCACAUUGCUAUGAGAGCAUACCAAAUAGUCCCAGCAUGGUGAAGCUUCGGAACAACUUCAAGAAGCAAUUAUCGUCUGCGGUCCAGAAACGUCUGUCGUUCGACAACGUGUCCAAUAUCAGCCAUUCGACAAUUUCAAGCGAACAGAAGACGAACAGCAUUUACGGUCAACGGUCGGUGAUCAGUUACAACGGACAGGAGAUAGCGUUCCAGGUUCCCUGUAGCGAGACCAGCGUCAGCGACAGGAGCGACGACUGGGUCGACGUGUCCGACGAGGAGAAGCCCGACCAGAAGAUCAUCAUAGUCCGAGAACGGAGCCGCGGCAGGAAGAGUCCGGUGAGCUGGUCGCAGAAGGUGCGUGACCAGUGGCAGAACUCACCCAAGCAAAGUCACGACAAAGACUGUGACAGUAGCGACUCGGGCCAUGUGUAUGAGUCUCUUGAGCCACCACCGGCCGCCAAUCCCACUCACCACACACCCCCGCCCAUACCUGAUGACGACUUUGACUCCUUUGAUAGUGACACCGACACUGAUGACCAGGAUAAGACUGUACCUCCCGAAUUGCCCCCAACUCUGCCCUCCUCGCGUCUGCCCACGCCGCCCAACGGUGGGCCCUACACUCUAACCAAGAUCGCGAACGCUGCUCAGAAGAAAAUGAAGCAGAUUAAGAGAAAUCUCACCAAACGAUACUCUGUGGCGAUGGACGGAAAACCGUUCAACAAAUCAUCGAGCAACCAAAACGGGACGUACGAUGUACCCAAGAAUCAAAAUAAAGCGAAGUCCCCGAUAUACGCCAACUACGAGAAGCCCGAGGCCCAACCCGUGUACAGCAACAUCAAUUUCCACGAUACCAAAAACAUUCUCCAUAAAGUAGAAAAUCCCGCAGCAAAAAUCAGUGGAACGUUCAAAGAAGAGCUGAAGACUGUAAUAGGCGAGAAGUGUUCCACCAGGACUUGGACGUACGAGAAGAGCAAGAACGUGUCUGGAGCUGGUAGGAACGUCUAUGAGAAGGGGGCGUUUAGGGCCACGGAGAAGAGGAACAGCAAUGGAGACGCUCCACCGCCGCUACCGGAUAAACCGCCGCCCGAGAAACCCACGACCCCCACCAGCGACACCAAGAACAGCGGCACCCUGUCCAGGAAGGCCUACUUCUCCUUCAAGUCGAGGUUCAGGCGAGCCACCUCCAUGGCCGUCGACAUCAACACGGACGUUCCCAGCGCACUCAAGAUCACCAAUUCCACGUUCUACCUGACCGACUCCAUCGACGGCGACUCCGGCUUCAGCAACUGCAGCGAGAGCGACCGCCGCGAGGGUAUGCGUGCCGAGUCCUCCCCCUGCCUGGCGCUGGAGAGACCAGCCCUCCCCCCACCGCCGCCGCCCCCCCACCCCGCACACAACACGCACACUGACCUUAGCGCUGUCAACGAAGAGCUGAGGCGGUUGCUGCCGACCCUGUCUCGCAAGGAGCGUGUGGCCCGCACCAGGACCUCGUGGUACGCGGACUGCGCCCCCGGGAACGCGUCCUCACUGUACUCGGAGGCUGGGCUGUAUCAGGCUGGUAAUAUUUCAAGUUCUUCCGGCGCCUCCUCCGGUUCGCAUCCCGCCUCGCCGCUCCCCCACUCGCUGUUCACACACGAGCCGCUCUACCAGUUCUACAACGCUGCCAAAAUUGAGUCCGCGUGUCGCGAGACGGGCGACUCAGACUCGGACGCCUACGAGGUUGGUGGGAGUGUGGGGGCUGGCGGUCCAGGAGGUGUAGGAGGCCAAGGGGCCCGUCCGUCCGCGAUGGCACUAGUGGCCCCGCGAGGACCCGCCAGGACGCUCUGGUGCGAGGUCCCGGAGGUCCUCAACUCAGCUGUCCUCAGUUCCCUUGCACCAGCACAAAAACGUCUCCAAGAGGCGAAGUUUGAGCUGCUGACAUCAGAAGCCUCGUACCUCAACUCGCUGAACGUGUUGGAGACACAGUUCAUGUCUCACCCGGCCUUCAGAGAUCCCCUGGUGCUUCCUCCACACGAGUUCGACACCCUGUUCGCUGCUAUACUCCCAGUACGCAAAUGCUCCCAGCUACUGAUGGCUGACCUCGAGCGCUGCUGGCAGGAGAACAUCCUGCUGCAAGGCAUCUGCGACAUCGUCCAGCGACACGCCAGCGCCAGAUUCAAAGCCUACGUCAAGUACUGCGAGAACCAACCGCUCAUGGUCAAAGCGCUGCAGCGGAUGAAAGAUAGACCGGCGUUCGCCAGCGCCCUCAAGAGACAAGAGAGUCACCCGCUGUGCCAGUCGCUGUCUCUGCACUCGUUCCUUCUGCUGCCCAUGCAACGCGUGACCCGCCUGCCGCUGCUGCUGGACGCCGUGUUGAGGCAUCUGCACGCCGACGACGACGAGUACGAGGGUUGCAUGCACGCACUCGCCACACUCAACGACUUCGUGUCUCAAUGCAACGAGGGCGCGAGGAACACGGAGCGUGUGGAGGACAUGUGGCGGCUGUCCAGGAGCGUGGUGAUACCGCCCGCGAUCCGCGGGGUGCCGGAGCUGGGGCCCGCGCUGGCGAGGAGAGACCGCAGGCCCGUGAGGUGGCUGGUGAGGUCGGGGGAGAUGACGCAGCUGGUGUGGAAGACGGACGAGCUCAAGUUGACCUUCGGCAAGAAGUUCCACAAGCUGCCGCUGCACCUGUUCCUGUUCAACGACCACCUCAUCAUCACCAAGAAGAAAGGCGAGGAUUGCUACUCGGUGGUGGAGCACUGUCCUCGCUCGCUGGUGGAGGUGUGUUCCAGCGAGGCGGCCGGCGUCAAGCACGCGCUGCUCCUCACACUGCUGGAGAACCACGACGGACGGACCGUCGAGAUGUUGAUGUCGUGUGCGAGCGAGACGGACGUACACCGGUGGACCGAGGCCCUGGCGCCGCCGGCCGCGGACGCCGGCGAGACCCUGUACGCCGGCUGGGACUGUCCUCAGGUGGCCGCCGUGUACCCUUACGCUCCGCACCAACCCGACGAACUGGCGCUGGCUGAGGGAGAUAUAAUCAACGUCACCAGGAAGACCAACGAGGGUUGGUACUACGGCGAGCGGACCCGUGACGGCGAGGCGGGCUGGUUCCCCGGCGCCUACACCGCGGAGAUUGCCUCGCCUCACGUCCGGGCCAGGAACCUGCGUCAGAGGUACCGCCUGCUGGCGCUGUCCGCCACCUACCUCGGGCAGAGGAAGAAACCUCUAUAACACCACACUAGGCUCUCAUCAGCUCGUCCUCGUCUAUACGAGGAGCGUCUCCAGGAUUACAUUCGUUUAUCUUCACACAUGUCAUGUACAUAGAUUACAGUGUGACAAUACAUAGUGUCACAGUCACGGGACUGUCUGACGUGAAGCCAAGUGUUGCCAUAACGUCACCAACAGCAAAUGACACGAGACAGUGUUACCCUAACAUUAUAUUUUGUUGAAAUAAAAUGUAUAAGUAGGUAGAUUUUAUUUUUAUUAUCUAUAAGCUGUAUCGAGUCGCUCUUGUAUAUUAUUGUAAUUAAACUUUCCGUCCGAGCACUGCCUUUCUUAUGUGUAAGAUAUUUGGACCAUUUUACGGAUCACGUAUUAAUAAAAUAUAUUAAUCUUAAAGUAAAACCUCGUUCGUUAUUUAGGUGCUUUGUAUUUUUCAUGUUCUUAUCAUAGGGCUAGCUUUAGCAUGUGAAGUGUACAGUUACGUAUGAGAUUGACGGAUAGUUGAUGUACAGCGAAAUCUUUGUGUAUAUGUUUGUAUUGAAUUAAUUUAUGCCUUUUUAAUGAUCGGUCGGAAAUCACAAGCCUAUCGCGUAACAAUAACUUAAAAUUAGAUUUGUUUGUUCGCUACUUCAUAAAUUGACUAGUCAUUUGGCGGACGAGUGAGCCUCGUUCAUGAAGCGACCAAUAUUUAUUCCGCGAACAUUCCGCUUUUGCGUUUAAAUCAGUUUUGAACGGUUUGAUGUGUGACGUCAGAAUGUACUACGAGUAUUAAUAGUCGGCACCUCCUGAACAUUGCAAAUGAUAUGUUUAGAUUAUUAUAUUAUAUGUAAAAAAUAGAUGUUAAGUCAAGUUUUAAUGGAACAUUUACUACCAUCAAAUAAACUAUUUCGUAAUAAAA